AUGAAAAACACACAGUUACAAACUUUACAGAAAAAUCUGGAGGAAAUAAACAAGAACAUUUCUGACAUCAGAGAUGAAAUCAAUUUGGCUGAAAUGGUUAUACACACUAAUGAUUUGUCAAAACUAUUUAAUGUCACAUCCAGUGUACAUUUAUAUAAAAGUCUUCCAUUUAAAAUUAUGCCAUCUUUACCCAAAUUCAUGCCCCCCAAAAUACACAAAGAAGAACUUCUUAAACUAUUUGGAGUCUUAUCAUCAAGUUCUUUAGCUUCAGAUAAACAUGGCUACAGUAUGAAGACAACACAGAAAUCACCAGAAGCUGGACCCUCUCUUCUAGUCAAACAGCUGCUUGAUGAACCAGAGACUGUCACCACCAUACACACUGGAUAUAGAGUAUACAAUGUGGCCUGUCAGAGUGAUGAAGAAAUCUGGACAAUUAAGGACAACACCAUGAAACUCUACAGCAUCAAUCAGGAAUCACUACUCAAGUCAAUCACAACCAAGUCAGGGAACAUACCAAAUGGCAUAGUAGUGACAAAAAGUGGAAAUUUAGUUUAUACUGAUACCAGGGAUAGAACUGUGAAUAUUGUGAAGAAUGAGAAGAUAGAGGAGGUGAUCAGACUACAGAACUGGAACCAACCAUUCAGUCCACAAGGAAUCACCACAGACAGUGAGAGUCAUAUUCUUACAGCUGAUUAUUACAAUGAGUGUGUCCACAUCAUAGACAAGGAUGGACAGUUCCUUCGUUACAUAGACUGUGGACUGAGUUAUCCCGGGGGACUGUGUAUAGAUACAAAUGAUAAUCUUUUUGUGACUCAAAAUGGAAACAUAAAAGUGAAGAAAGUCAAAUAUCUGCAGGGAGAAGUAUAA